AUGCGGGGUCCGGUGAUGGUGUUGGGCGCCCUGCUCGGUGGACUGGUGGGCUUGAAGUUGGCAGAAGACUACCGCGUCUCGGCUUUGGCUGGUCAUAGUGUUGCCGAUACCUUUCGCCACCUCAGCGCUACCAUUAUUAUGCAGAGCCCUGCUCUAGCUCUGAAAAACGAUUUGCACACACAACUUUGGAGACUCGGCAUUUACCGCGUCUUGCAGCCCUACCGCUCACGACUCGAGACACUGCGCGUCAGCAAGGCUGGCCGUGCCCGUCAAGACAGCCUUGCCAGCACACAUUUUUCCGACAGCGACCUCUAUCAACGUCUUCUGGAUGUGGCAACGGGUGUCCUCAUCCGGAUUGUUCGCCACCUGCGCGUCACAUUUAUCGACGGCACAGCCCAGCUUUUGGCCACUGGCCUCGAUCCCUCUGUACCAACACCAGAUGAGAAACAUGCUGCACGUCUCAUUGCCUUUCAACUCCUCAUUCAUCUCGGGGAUACGGCUCGAUACCACGAAGCCCUCGGCCAUGCUCCAGCGACAACCUCCAUCUGCAGCUACUACUUUGAGGCCAUCCGACUACAGCCAUCAAACGGCCACCCUUUCAAUCAACUCGCCGUCGUCUUUAUUGGGCGCAACGACCGAACUACCGCUGUCUUCUGCUAUAUGCGCAGCAUGCUGACUGCCGAGCCCUUUUCGACCGUGCGUGAAAACUUUCACCGCCUUGCCAACAACAUCCAGAAUCAGGUGACGGGUUGUCUGGACGAACAGGGCGAAUGGGCGACGCGACCACACAAGCUCAUGACUGCUUUGGCUGUACUUAUGGCUGCUCUCCAUCAUCACCUUGAUCGUGAGCAAGGCGCCGUCCAUCAGCUGCAACAGGCCGUGCUUGAUCCAGUCCCAUGGUUCACGCUUCUUCAGCGCCCCGUGAUUGGAGCUGAUUGGCUGCGGGAAGCCCAGGCUGCUGAGAGUCCUCAUGUUUUGCAGGGUUUAAAGCUGCUUUUGGAUUGGCUUUGUUGUCAUGCCAAUGAAAUGUACGCCUUGGCACCACAGCAUCGGUGCUUUGAAGCAUUGACGGCAUUUGCAGCCGCCUUUGAGCGCAGCCUCGCAACACAGGAUCUCACUUAUGGUCCUUCUAUGCAGCAUCAGGCUGGUAUCCUGGACUCAUCAAUGUAUUUGCCCGAAGACGAGGCUCUGCGCGGUUUCUUACCGCUCGUAGACACCUUUGUCGCGGACCACGAAGAGACAUGGCCCCAGCACUUGGCGAGUCGCGAGCGGUUGCGAGUCAUUGGAUCGCGUUUGGCCUGGCUGUCGCAAAAUCUAGUCGUUCCCGACCAUGAUGGGAAAGCUCGGCUUUUUGUGUUUGCUGCCCGUGAGGUCGCGCCUGCCAACACCUUUACUGUCGCGGCCUCGACACAGCCUGAGACGGUUUCGCAUGGGAUGGACUUGGACGAGCCCGAGCCGGCAGCUGGGGCAUAUGAGGAUGGCCCACCAACCAACCCUGAUGGGCGACUGCCCUUAUGGAGUUUGUAGACACGGCCUGAUUCUGUGAUGGGAGUAAAUCAGGGCGCGUUUGGCAGCUCCUUUGAGUUUGAAAUUAACAUCCCUUGAACUCUUUCAACUGCGAGUGACACGCCGACCCCCCUGAACUCGCAUAUCGACUCUCUUUUUGCCAUAAUUUUCCUUGAAUUUAGACAUAUUUUUCACUG